CGCCACCUGCCCGCCUAGCCUUCUCGCCAUGUCUUCUCACAAGACUUUCAGAAUCAAGCGAUUCCUGGCUAAGAAACAAAAGCAAAAUCGUCCUAUUCCUCAGUGGAUUCGGAUGAAAACUGGCAACAAAAUCAGGUACAACUCCAAGAGAAGACACUGGAGGAGAACGAAGCUGGGCCUGUAAG